UUCAGGAACAUAUUUUAAUGGCCGACCCAAUCCAUAGUACGUUAUGAUAUACGCCAAAGCAGAGAACAGAUCCACUCCGAUAAGAGCAACGAGCACCAACCAGUCAUCAAGCCCGAAUUUGUUCAGAACGAACUUGCGCAUAUACAGCUACAACAGCUCAGUCAUUGUGGCCUCCAUAUGGCUUGCAGGAGUAUCAUGAAAACAUACUCGAAGCACACACACCAAGGUUGUCGGAACCGCCAGCACUAACACAAUGAUCCGCACCGCGAUGGUCAUGGACGAUGUUGGCACAUUGUCCUGUUGCUCGAUAGACCCACCCAUCCUAACCGGCUCUCAUGCACCAAAGCAGAGGUGGUCAUCAGGAUGGAUCGAGAAGAGAGAGCAGAAGCGGGGGGAAUGCCAUCAUUUCUAAAGUAUUUGUCUGGGGUGCUGUGGACCACGAAGGAAUGCAAGUCAAUGAUGCCAAUGCUCUUAACGUACAAAUGAAACAGGGAUCUGGGAUUCUCAGGCUCCAAAUUCGAGGCUUGUCAAACAUUAACAGGGGUCUGAAUCCUGGUCGCAGGAUCGCUCAAGACGCCGGCGCAGAUAGCGUCUAGUCGGUUCCGAGCCGAUAUCCACCAUCCGGAUCACGGAAUUGGGGGUAGAAGCCUUCUUCUCGGUCUUCCUUGCCUUUAUUUUCUUUUUCACUUCCUCAAAUUUGGCUUGUGACAACUACCUGCAUGUAUAGCUCGUGCAUAGAUCACACAAUGGCUGCGGUAGUCACGGAGAUCGUCGCCAACGCCUGCCAUCUAGAGCAGGAGAAGGUCACGCAUAU